AUGACAAAUCUGGUUAUAGAGACUGUGAUCAAGGUGGUUGGAAGAAUAAAAUUUAUAGGAGUGGAUUGUAUGUACCUCCUGGAAACCGUGACAAUGCUGCUACUAGUUCUGCAGAUGAAGCAAAUAUCGGCAAUGUUCAAUCAGAGAAAGAGUAGAACAUUGUCGAGUGAUGCCGUACAAAAUCCAAGGAAUGAAAAUUCCUGCAUGGCUAUCACCAUGAGAAGUGGAAAAGAAUUGCAUAAGAAGGUAGAUGACACAAGAUUUAGCAAGUUCAUGGUCAUGCUAAAACAACUAAAAGUAAAUGUACCUUUGGUUGAGGCGCUAGAACAAAUGUUGGGCUAUGCUAAAUUCAUGAAGGAUCUUGUGACUAAGAAGCGGACCGUGAGCUAUGAACCAGUGGAAAAUAUUCACCAUUGUAGUGCUAUCUCUCCAAGAUCAUUAGUACAAAAGAAAGCCAAUCUGGGAGCAUUCACUGUCCCAUGUACUAUUGGAUCACUUGAUUUUGCGAAGGCCUUUUAUGAUCUUAGGUCAAGUAUUAAUAUAAUGUCAUUUGCAGUUUUCAAGAGACUCGGUUUGGGGGAUCCUAAACCCGCCAAUAUGUGGUUUUUGAUGGCGAAUAGUUCAGUGAAGAAACCAAUUAGAAUACUUUAUGAUACCAAUGAUCUCAAAUUUAGGGUCAAUGUUGAAGAGGUGAUCUUUGAUGUUUGCCCAUCGAUGAAGAAAAAAAAUGAGAAGAGUGUCUUCUCAAUCAUUGAUAUAUAUUAUGAAGAUGAGCAAGAGAUGCCAGUUGAGGAAAGAUUUGGUGUGGAAAUAUUGGCUUUAGUAUUGAUGAACUUCAAUGGUGAUGGGAUCGAAGAAUAUGAUAAGACUGCGUGUGCACUAAUAGGAAUGGGGUCGUAUACUUAUGCCCCCAAGAAGAUGGACAUAAAACUAAAAAAUCGUCCAAUACCACCGGCCAAACCCUCUAUUGAGAAACCACCGGUGUUGAAACUGAAAGAGUUGUCAAGCCAUUUGCAGUAUCUGUUUCUAGGCUAUAGAAACAUCUUACCGAUUAUUAUUGUAGUAAACUUGGUAGAGUGA